AUGGUAUUGAUGCAAGCGCGACUACAAGCACUAAUUUCCUGCGUAGAUACAGCUCAAUCAUAUUCAGCUACUCCGCAUGAUGUAAACAGCUCUUCGUUAGCAAUGAAUCAUCUACAGACGAAGCCAGUAGAGCUUCCUCCUCUCCCCAUCCCGACCUUUGGGGGUAACAUAUGGGAAUGGGAUAACUUCUGGGAAUUAUUCAAUAACAAUAUACACUCCCAGCAGUUAUCGGAAAUGGUAAAAUAUAACUACUUACUCAAUGCUUUGAAAGGGGAAGCCAGGGACUGUAUAAGAAAGUUCCAGGUCACUAAGGACAACUACUCCAAGGCCAUAAACUUCCUACUUGUGAAAUACAAUAACAGGGAAGCUCUAAUUAACCAGUUGGUAGAAAGACUGGAUAAGUCGGUAUUACGAAGUCCAUCAAUAAAGGACCAACGUCAUCUUCUCGAGCAACUACAAGUGAUUGUAGCCCAGUUGACUGAAAAGGGAGAAGAGGUCAAUAGCCCAUGA